AUGACUUUAGCUGGCACCAUUGCAGUAAACAGGCUAGCAACAUAUGGGUCUGGGUUGCUUCAGGAAGCCAGUAGUAGCUGUGCUCUCUGUGCCUUUGAUACCUGCCAGAAACGCCUGAUCCUGAUGAGGAGGAGGAGAAAGAAGAAGACUGAGGCAGACGUAUUCUACAAGAUCCUGCCAGACAGUGCUGCAUCGGACCAUGAACAAAGGGCUCGGAGAGCCUGUACGACCAACAGCAUGGAGAAAGACACAGGGGACAGGAAAAAGGCCCAGGAGUCCAAGCAGGAUAAGGAGUGGGAAAUGCAAUUCCUCUGGGUGGUUUCCACUGACUCCUUUGCGGAGCAGUUGGUGGUGGUCAGGGUUCGCUACUUGAAUGCACCCCAGAGGAGUUUUGGGAUCGAUUAUGACAAGAACUACUUCCUCAAAGAUGGGAAACCAUUCCGCUACAUCUCGGGCAGCAUUCAUUACUCCCGUGUGCCCCGGUACUAUUGGAAAGACCGUCUGUUGAAGAUGAAGAUGGCGGGGCUUGAUGCUAUUCAAACAUACGUGCCAUGGAACUACCAUGAAUUCAAACCAGGAGUAUAUAACUUCUCUGGUGACAGAGAUAUAGAAUAUUUCCUGCAGCUAGCUAAUGAAAUUGGCUUGUUGGUAAUACUAAGAGCUGGACCUUAUAUCUGCGCAGAAUGGGACAUGGGGGGUCUUCCAGCAUGGUUAUUAGAGAAAGAAUCUAUUGUUCUCCGAUCUUCUGAUUUAGAUUACUUGGCAGCUGUAGAAAGAUGGAUGGGUGUCUUGUUACCCAAAAUGAAGCCUCAUCUCUAUCAGAAUGGAGGGCCAGUUAUUAUGGUGCAGGUUGAAAAUGAAUAUGGAAGCUACUUUGCCUGUGAUUACGAUUACCUUCGUUACCUUCAGAAGCUCUUCCAUCACCAUCUUGGAGAUGAGGUGGUACUGUUUACAACAGAUGGGGCAAGCAAACAUUACUUGAGAUGUGGAGCUCUGCAGGGUCUUUAUGCAACGGUGGACUUUGCACCAGGUGGUAAUGUCACAGCAGCAUUUUUAACUCAAAGAGGCAGUGAACCCAGAGGCCCCUUGGUAAACUCUGAGUUCUACACUGGCUGGCUGGAUCACUGGGGUCACCCUCAUUCUGUUGUGCCAACAAAUACGAUAGCUAAAACUCUUGAUGAAAUCCUGGCACGUGGCGCUAACGUUAACAUGUACAUGUUUAUAGGUGGAACCAAUUUUGCCUAUUGGAAUGGGGCAAACAUGCCAUAUUCAUCACAGCCUACUAGUUAUGACUAUGACGCUCCACUGAGUGAAGCAGGGGACCUCACUGACAAAUAUUUUGCUCUGAGAGAAGUCAUUGGUAGGUAUAAUCACUUACCUGAGGGCCCUAUCCCGCCAACAACACCCAAAUAUGCAUAUGGGCGAGUGACAAUGGAGAAGCUAGGCACAGUAGCAGAGCUUCUUAAUGACCUGUCACCCUCUGGGCCAAUAAGAAGCACUUACCCCUUAACCUUUGUUCAGCUGCAGCAGUAUUUUGGGUUUGUGCUGUACAGGACUACCCUGCCAAAAAAUUGUAGUGAGCCAACACCACUCUUUUCGCCUUUAAACGGAGUCCACGACCGUGCCUAUGUCUCUGUAGAUGGGGUUCCUCAGGGAGUCCUUGAAAGAGGCAAAUCAUACACGAUAAAUAUAACCGGGAAGGCUGGAUCAAAUCUGGAUGUGUUGGUAGAAAACAUGGGUCGAGUAAACUAUGGUAGAUACAACAAUGACUUUAAGGGUCUAGUGUCAAAUUUAUCUCUUGGCCAAGUUACACUCAUUGACUGGGAGAUCUACCCCCUAGACAUAGACAGUGUGGUGGGCCAUGGCCUAAAUAGCAGAGGUGAUGAAUCAAAAACAUCUGGUGGUAAUCCCUCAAGAGAUGCAGCUCCUGCUUUUUACACUGGCAGAUUUUCUAUUCCCAGUGGAAUCCCCGAUUUACCCCAAGACACCUAUAUCACGUUUCCUGGCUGGACAAAGGGACAAAUUUGGAUCAAUGGCUUUAACCUCGGUCGUUACUGGCCAGUUCGUGGUCCUCAAGUGACCCUAUUUGUUCCAAGCAACAUCCUCGUUUCGUCGUCACCGAACAAUAUCACAGUGUUGGAGCUGGAGCAGUCUCCUUGUGGCAUUCAGAAAUGUGCCAUAGAAUUUGUAGACAAACCUGAUAUCAAUGCAACACUGCAGUAUGAAAACAACACCCGGAAGCUGUUCACUAAAGAUUUAUGGCUGGACCCUCUAUGAUUAUUUAGGAAUGUGUCCCCUUACCUUCUCCUGUUUUUCUACCCCACACCCUCAAAUCCUACAUUCUUCGCAGGGAAAAUCAGUGUUAAAAAUCGAUUAGUAUGUUUAACUGUGGAAAUUUUUUCAAAGCACUGAAAGCAUAGCUGUUUACUAACAAGAGAUACUAAAUACAGGGUCUCCUUUAAAAGUGAAGAUUCUAGCCUUAGAGUAAGUUGUUGUGCAUGAGACUUGACUUAGAUGGAAGAUAAUAUUUAACAUCAAAGUCUUAGUAAACAGAUAGCUUUGGGAACUGUGAGUGCAUGAAAAGGAACCUCUUAAACUAGUCGUUUUACAUCUCUUGUGAACUUAGAGAAAUUUACCUUGCCAAGAACUGAGUGGCCCCACUACCACGCUUAUAAACAUUUAAUCUCCACAAACAAGUAUCCAAAGGGUUUGUGUGUGCCAAGUACCAUUUGGAUUUGACUUGUUUUCCUCCAGGCUUAAAUACCUGGUUAGUGUGGCUACUGUUUCAGUCUGCAGUAGCUUAUUGCCAGCAUGGUCAGUCCUCUUCCCCCGUCUUCUCCCCCCCCUUUAGAAACCUUCCCAGUGACCUUCAGAAUUCUCCCAGAAUCUGCUGCUUCUUGGACCUGUGACAGGAACUAUGGGGUAGGUACCUAGAGUGCAUUGCAACUGAAAUGGUGAAACAGCACUGAUGUGGAUGUUAGUGAGUAGCUUCUGGACACAGGUCUGCCACAGUUUCCCCUUGGGCUAACUCACUGACUCUCCUCCAGCUCCCAGCACUGGCAUGAUUUAGCCGUUUGGCUAAGUGACAAAGUCCACUCCUUUUGGAAUUAACAAAACAAAUCCACAAACAGGGUUUUUGAACCCGUUACAGUCUUGCCUGACUUUAGCAUUCAAAAAUCAUGAUAUUGGUGUAAUCAUGGGACUUUAAGAAAAAACAACUUCCCCCCCCCAUUUUGGCUUCUGGUAUUUGAGUCUUUGAGGUACACUUGAGUCAUGUUCUCAAGCUUUUCUCUGCAACCAUGGGGGCUAGAUAUCUUUUAAUGAAACCUGAGCCUCAUGUAAUAGUCUCCAGGAGCGGAGGUUCUUAGAAAAAUACCCAAUAACACAAGAGUUGUGAUAAAAUUACAAAAGUUGGGGCUUGCUGGGGCUCAGUAGUCCCCUCCCUGGACCUGGUAAUCCCUUCCACAGGGAUAUCCACUUGCCCUCCUCCUGGAGGCACUGUGGAGUUGAAGAGGAAUUUCCACGCCACCUCCAGUUGGUGCCAUAGGAGAACCCAGUUGUUCUCUCUACUCUGGGUUCUAGUUAGGUGACCGUACAACAGGUAGAGAAAGUCCACUUACAUGCCUUGCUUCAUCUCCCUGGGCUUGUCUCUCUACGUCUUUCCUACUGUCCUUUCCUGGAUUUGCUGUCACUGUCUCUCUCUUUCUAGGUCUCCUCCUUGGCCCACUAGGGUUGGUGACCCCCUCCCAGGUUCUCUCGCAAAGCCUGGUCUCUGUGGGUCUCAGCUGGUUUGUCAGUCAGCCUUUUGCAGUUUUUUCUAGCUUGGCUUCAGCCUCUAGACAGCCUUUUCCUGCUCCUGUCUCCACCCAUGACUGUCCCCAUACUGUCAACCCCAGAUUGUUUCUUAUGCAGUUCUAGUUGGUCACCUGACCCACUUCCUCCCCCCCAGCCACAUGACCUUCCCAAUCCCUGAGGUAGUGAUGCCUGCUUUUAAAGAGGCUACUUGACUCCGCUACAGUGGA